AUUAUCUAGGUCCGUGUUUCGUUCACGUUCCAGUUUCUGCCAAAACGUUGCCAUAGCAACGCUUGCCAUCGCAACCGCUAGAUCAAUAAUACAAAUUUACAUUUCGCUUCACUGUCAAACGUGAUUGUACAUUAUUAUUCAAAAAAAUCUUAUCUCUAGUAUUUUCCUACAUUUAAAUCAAAAAUCUCUUUCCUAAAGUUAAACAUAUCGAGAAAAAUGGUGAUUCUCCUAGUAAAAAGAGGCGACGAAAACCAGUUCCUGUACGAAACCAACGUGAACUCUUCUGUAGACGAUGUAGUAAAAGAUGUGACGGCCAUCUACAACGGCAGAUUGAAGAUCACCAGGAUCUGUUACGAGAUGGAGGAACUUGGCAAACAUGGGACCUUCCUGCCGCUUGAGAUGCAGGGAUUGACUGAGGAGCAGAUAAAGGAGCUAAAACUAGAUGACCCCUGGGCAAAGCGCUGUGCGCCCAUGGGCUACGUGGAGUGUAAAGAUGAUAUGGGCAGGCGCUGCGGGCUCGCACCACCACCAAACCUUCAGGAGGUGCUGAAGAAAGCUGCUGAAGCGGCUAAGGAGUUUGUCCAUAAGAAGCUGGUGGACCACCGUAAACCGCUAACCCAGAAAGACGUGGCCCGCGCCCUAGAUGAGCUCCUCGGAGCUACAAAGAUCGUGUUCCCCGCUGGUCUUCCUCCUCAUGACCCAGUUCGCAUGGAGCUGGAGAACGUUGAAGACCUGACUGGAACGCAGGCUGCCAAUGAGGUCCUGGAUCCCGUAAAAGCUUGCUUAUGGGCGUGCGGAAAGAAGUUGAUCAGUGGGAACCUGUUGAGCGAUCAUUUAGGCAAGAACGACAAAACCAGAGUGACCGUAAAGCUAUGCUCUUCAUCUGAACACGCGCCCGGGCGAGAGCCAGUCCUGUCAGAAGAUGAACGUAAGCAGCUCAUGCUGCAUGCAUACAGGAAACAGGAGGAAUGGAAGAAGUUAGAGCAAGACGAUGAUGACCACUACCUGGACUCCAAGUGGGCUGACGGCCAGGGUCUGAAGAGGGCGUUCCAUGGCCUGAAUGACAUCUCUUGGAAGCCUGUUGUUAGGAAGUAGAUUUUUGAUUUUAAGAUGUAGCGGAGGAAUUUCAGAGAAAAGUGUACCAUUAACUUUUUUUUGAUAGGACUCUUGGGCAAUUUGGAUCACGAAAAUUAUUGAUUAAAACAAAGAUAAAUAUUAUCCCUAGUUUUUCAUAAGAAUUUUUGGUGUUAGUUUUGUGAUGGUCCGUAUAAAAUGCAUGUAAAAAUGCGCCACAAAACAAACACUCAGAGUAGAAAACAAACUAAUUGAUAGUUUUAUGAAAAAAAGGAAAUGGUACACUUUUUUCUCAAAAUGCUCAUAGAUCUACGUUCUUAGGGCAAACGGGGCAAUAUACUUAUGUUGUUUAAUACAUUACGCAAUUAUGUGGAUAUUUAUCAACUUAUGAAACUAGUUUUGUUAUAAGUACUUUAAUUAGCAUUGUAUUAUUUCUUUUGAAUUAAAUACAUACUUUAGUUGUA